CUGGGGCUGGAGCGAUGGCCCGGGUCUGGAGCAGGCGGCCGCCGCUGCCGUCACCUGCGUGUCGGGAGCAGCCGCUGCUAGAGCUACGGCCGGUGCCGGAGUCGCGGCUGGAGUGUGGGCGGUGCGUGUGAGUUGCCGAGGCUAGCCUGUGCUGGAACACUUCAAACUCUGGGCGGGAGUGCUUCAGGUGGGCUGAGCUGGGGUCACCCCUCAGCACUGCGCCCCCCAGGCCCAGGCAGCAGGACUGGGUCUCCUCAGGCGCGGGACUGGCUCCUCUCAGGCCGAGAACCGGAGCUGGGCUCUGGGUCUUCCUGUCGCGGGCUUCCUUCAAACUCAGGACCGGGACCAGGGAACGGUGAACAUCCCAGACCAGGGCUUCCUGGCCCGGGCGUUUUCCCGGCUUGGGGCUGUGUCGGGGUGGCAGUGGCUAGGAGCCCUCUUCUGCUGCCGCUUGUCCAGUCAGAGAGGGACUACACGCUCCAACUGUUUGUCUCUGCUCUCCCCUCUCUUCCCAUUCAGAAACAAAUAUUUUUUCCCUCUCCAUUGGAAAUCCGCUCUGGAGAUCCAAAACACCUAUCUAUGUGCCCUUCACCAGCUCCUGGAGAACCCUUAAAAAUUUUACCUACUUAUCAGGGCUGAGAAUCAUUCUUGAUUUAGCUUUUUCCCCUCUUUGGGAGAUAAAGAGUUGCUCUCUUUCCAUCUUUUUAACUAACUGAUCCAGGGCCUUAUCCAUUUGAAUCACCACUCCCUAGCUACCUCUAUGUGACUUCCCCCACCUGUCAGAGUUCCAGUUACCUCUGGGCUCCAAUCUCUAGCCCCUGGCGGAUCUGGUCAGUCCCACCCCUGGGUGGGAGUGACUGGUGGGCUCCAGCCCAGAAUUCCCCACCCUGGAAGGCAGCUCCAAGGCAGCCAGAGAAUUGGGCAUCGGGUACGAACCUGGGAGCUCAGGAGUGGGUGCUCCACUCACCCCACACAAGAAGAUGAAAAAGCGCAAAGAACUCAAUGCGUUGAUUGGCCUGGCCGGGGACAGCCGGAGAAAGAAGCCCAAGAAAGGCUCAGGCCACCGCCUGCUUCGCACUGAGCCACCUGACUCAGACUCUGAGUCCAGCUCUGAGGAAGAAGAGGAAUUUGGUGUAGUUGGAAAUUGCUCUCGCUUUGUCAAGGGAGACUAUUUACGAUGCUGCAAGAUCUGUUAUCCCCUUUGUGCUUUUGUCAUCCUCGCGGCCUGUGUAGUGGCAUGUGUUGGCUUGGUGUGGAUGCAGAUUGCUCUCAAGGAGGAUCUGGAUGCCCUCAAGGAAAAAUUUAGAACAAUGGAAUCUAAUCAGAAAAACUCAUUCCAAGAAAUUCCCAAACUUAAUGAAGAACUACUCAGCAAACAAAAACAACUUGAGAAGAUUGAAUCUGGAGAGCUGGGCUUGAAGAGAGUCUGGAUAAACAUCACAGAAAUGAAUAAGCAGAUUAGUCUGUUGACUUCGGCAGUAAACCACCUCAAAGCCAGUGUUAAGUCAGCUUCCGACUUAAUUAGCCUGCCUGCCACUGUAGAGGGACUUCAGAAGAGUGUAGCUUCCAUUGGUAACACUUUGAACAGUGUCCAUCUUGCUGUGGAGGCAAUACAGAAAACUGUGGAUGAACACAAGAAAACCAUAGAAAUACUGCAGAGUGGUAUGAAUCAACACCUCUUGAAGGAUACCAGUGGAAGCAACGAGAUCACUCCACCACCUUCAGUUACAUCAGAAGCUGACAAUAAAACCCACAGUGAGAAUUCAAAACAGGAUAUCCUGUACCUUCACAACUCUUUAGAGGAGGUAAACAGUGCCCUAGUGGGGUACCAGAAACAGAAUGACCUUAAACUCAAGGGGAUGAAUGAGACAGUCAGUAGUCUUACCCAGAGAGUCAACCUGAUAGAAAGCGAUCUGGUUGCUAUGAGCAAGGUAGAAAAGAGAGCGAGCCUGUCCUUCAGCAUGAUGAGUGAUAGAGCUGCCACUCUGAAAAGAGAGUCUUUGGAUCAAGAGACCAACAGAACAGAUUCACUAAAAACCCAAAGCAUAAAGAAAGAAGAUAUUUCAGAUUCUCAGGUAUCCAAGCUAAAAGAAAAACUGCUGCUGAUCAGUGCUCUCACAAACAAACCUGAGAGCAACAGGCCUCCAGAGACUGCCAAUAAAGAGCAAGUACAGAGUUUUACAUCAGAGCCAUCAGCAUUGCCAAAAUUUUCACAGUCUCUUGGAGACCAAAUUGAGAAAGCUGCCCAGCUAAGACCUAUCUCCCUACCAGGAAUUUCAAGCAUUAACGCUCUUCAGGAUUUAUUCCAAAAGACUGGCCAGGACAUGGAUGGGAAGCUGACCUACCAGGAAAUCUGGAACACCCUAGGUUCUGCUAUGCCAGAACCAAAGAGCUUGAGAGUAUUUGAUUCUGAUGGAGAUGGAAGAUACUCAUUCCUGGAGCUAAGAGCAGCUUUAGGUGUCUAGCCUCAUCAGGCAUAUUUUGGAAAUGGAUAUAUACGCUGGACUACCUAAUAUCUACUCACCUAACAAAAACAACCCUUUUACUUAUCCCAUCAAUCCUCCAGUCCUCCAAACUACUGUAGCAGACCCAUUGCCGCCUUUUAACUUGUUUGAAGAAGCUAUAUAAAAGUUAUUUUUUUAAAAAAAGAAAGAUCAUUUUACUUAUAAAAUGAUGUUCAGAAACCUAUGAUUUCCUGAAACCAGUAAGAUCUUACCUUUUAAAGUUGCCAGAAAAAAAUGAAGUCCUCUUUUCUUUCCUCUUUCCUUUUUUUGAGGGGAGGAGACCUUAUCUUUUAAAACUGGAAAAUGUAUAUAUGGAGAGAAUAAGCCACAUUUUAUAUUUCACAUAUAUUUGCCUUAAAUUAGCUGCACUUUAUAGACUCAGAAAAUGUCUUUCCUUUAAAAGAUAGACCUUUUCUGUUUGUAAAUAGUUAAAAUGAAAAUAAGAAUUGUGCGUAUUUUGUAAGAAGAAUGGUUUUAAACAAGAUCUGAACAAAUGGCUUGUUAUUUAAACUCGCUAAUCUGAUCUGGGUAGCGGCUUAAACUGUCCACGUCUCCUUAAGGCAUCCCUUGAAGGCCCAGAUGCUGCCAUGGGGUUUUGGCCUGGUGACUAGAGGAAUAACUUAGGGAGUGGACACUGUGGGGACAGUGCUGACACCAGGCCCUAGAGAGUUAAGAUUCUGGUUCUUCAUUCCUAUCCCUUCAGCUAGUCUCAAUCCCUGAAUCAGAGACAUCUCAUUGGAUUUUUUUUUUUUUUUUUGUCACUUUUAGCCCUGCUUUAGGGUUUAUGAGCGUAAAAAGUUACCGGUGAGGAGCUACAUUUCCCCCUCAGAGUGAUCUAGAUUAUCUGCCUCCAUCUACCCACCCAAAUCUAUCUUAAAGCUGUAGCUGGCUCCCACCUCUGCUGCCAUCUCCAUUCUGAAUGGCAGGGCUGAAGUCCCUCAGUCAGUUUCUCAGCCUGGCCAGCAGGAGCUUCAGAGGAGAACUAUGCCUCUAAUUUUGACCCAGGAAACUCCACCCGUUGAGAUUUUACCUGGGAGUUAACCAAGAACCCAAUAUAUUUCUCUGUAGGCUAAGGCCAAAAAGGUUGUGAAAUGAAACAAAGGUAACCACACAUGAAAUCACAUUCGUACCAUUUUCAGCUCUUAAUUAGCUAAAAGACUUUCUGUCCAAAAGAUGUCAAAGGAUUUAUCUCCCAAAGUAGGCAGCCUGGAGUAGGGGGCUUCAUGUGAUAGUAGCAAGUUUCCUCAAAUCUAAUACAAAUAAAUGCAGUACUUUUCCUCCCUUUAAAUACUUCUGUGGCCUGACACUGAAGGUCCAUGGACUGGAAGGAAUAAUGCUGUCAUGUCUUUGUGUGUUGUUCCUAGAAACAGUCUUUGGGCAACACGAAAGGAGCAAAACUUUGCUGUAGGCCAAGUCAGGGAGAAACUAGAGAAGCUUUCAUGGCACAUGCUUCUUUAGUAGAGCUCAUUGCCACUUUAACUUUCUGUCCAAGGUGCCCUGUCAGCCAUGAAUGCAAUCCAAAACCCAAACCCAAAACCAUUGCCAUCAAGUUGAUUCCUACUUACAGUGACCCUAUGGGAUAGAAUAGAACUGCCCCGUAGGGUUUCCAAGGAGCAGCUGGUGGAUUUGAACUGCCAGCCGUUUGGUUAGCAGCUGAGCGCUUAACCACUGCACCACCAGGGUAGCACCCUUACAAGCUUAAGAGCUGUUUGUUUUUUAAUUUUCCUAGAAUGUUAAUUCUAGGGAAAAAAAAGUUAAUUAAAGCAAGGUGAAGUCUUUUCCCAUGAAUGUGUCUGCUUACCUCAUUAUAGCUUAAUGCUUCUCAAUUUUUUCAAAAAACAUUUUCCUCGCCCAUCUGAGCUAGUUCACUUUCUCGGAAAGGUUAAAAUAUUGUAUAAAAUAAGCUUGGUGUUUUAGGUAACUUGAAGACAACUCUUAUUCUUUCUGGCUGCCUUCCAUGCCCCCCCCCCUUUUUUUUAAUAUAUGUACCCUUACAGAUUUUGUAA